ACUUAUUCAGUCGACCUCGAGGGAUUGAGGAGAACGGUCGCUGGUUGAUCGGUCACCAUCUUGUAACUUACUGCGCGCCAAAUGUGUUGUGUUUAACUUUGAUGUCUAUAUAGUGUUUCAGUGUUAUAACAAGUGUUACAAGAAAUACUCUUAACUAUUUGUUUCCAGUACUGCGUUUUAGACCACUUUCGGCGAUUGCUUGUGGUUUGUGAGUGUUUGUUUUCGCCUUUGCCGGAUACGGUUUUUUCGAACAUGAUGCGGCUGCGUAUCAAAAUAUUAUUUUGAAUAAAAGAGAAAGCAGAUAUGGGAAUAGAUUAAAGAGAUAAAUAUGUCGAUGACACCGAAACUGAAAUCGUCGAAUUAGUCGAUACCAAUCGCCAACCGAGGUACCAAAACACCGGUACCUCUGAAACCGAUGUCCAAUGAAACUGGUAUCAAGGCAGAGACCGCGCAAGUUAGCGAUGGGGUAGCUAAAACCGAGACCAAAGGUACCGAAACAAAGGAGAAAGAGGGAAAACAGAGAUCGGUGUCAUUUAAUAGGGACGUACACGUGAAACGAUUCGGUAAACCGCGUGAGCGGGGCACCUCAUCUGACCAGCCACCAUCGAUACGAAAAGAACCUUUCACACAUCUAUCCGAACAAGAACUAAUAAACGAAGCUAACAAAGUCAUUGCACAAGCGAAGAGUGUUACUUGCACAUCAAAUCAUCCACCAGAUAAGUUCUAUUCCCUGCCACAUAGAAGAAAGUUUAGGGAAGACAAACCUAUAAUUAGUGACGACGGCAGCCUUUUAGAAAACAAUAGCAAAACUCCACUCGGACGAUCAACAAGUGAUGUAAGUCCAAAAAGGAAAAAAGAACGGACUUCACUUUCAACACUUUUUCGAAGAGCAAAUCGAACCAAAAGCCCAGAUUCACCUGUUGUUGUCACUACUAAACCUGCUGUAAUAGUUAAAAGAAGCAAAAGUGACGUAACAGACCUAAAAUCAAACACUAAUCUAAAUAAAAAUAAGCCAAUUCGUAAAAGAUCUGGUAGUGAAACAGAGGAAUUUCUUAAAUCCUUACGAAAUAAGAAAACUCAACUGUCACCUAUUAUUGAAAGUUCACCUCGUGAAGAUUAUUUUAAAAAAACUUCACCAUUAGACCUCUUACAAAACGAAAAGAUUUCUGAGAAAGGUAGCACUAAAUCUGAAGACCAUCAUUCAAUAGAUAGUAAGAAGGUAAAUCCAAUUGAAAAACCUCCUCGAGCUAAGCUUCAAGAUAAACAGGAACUAAAAACAGAACGUAUUAAUAUUGAAAAUAAAUCGGAGAAAGAACCGUCUCCACCAAUCACCGAAACUCCUAAACGAGUAACCGAAAUAAAAAAGACCAAUCUCAUUAAUGAAACAGAUUUCACUAAAACGCAAGAAUCUCCCAACGAGGUUAAAGACAAAAUUAAAGAAAGCAUCAGAAAAUUAGAAGAAAACGUUUAUGGUGAAACUGAAAUGAAACAUAGCAGUCAACAACCUCCUGAAAAGCCACCAUUAACUAGAGGUCACACUGUUGACCAAAUUGUGCGAAUACUAAAAGAAGACCAACACUCUCCUCCUCCCAAAUCUCAUUUGAUUUCACCAUCGAACGGCACUAACAUUAAUCAACCAUUUUCAUAUACAAAACCGAGUACUAGUCCUGAUCCUAAUCUAUUCGUUAGAGCUAAUAGUCCUGAUAGAGUACCAAGUCCUAUUAACAAAAUGACAGCUAAAGGAAUAGUAUAUGCCCAAGUUAUUAAAGAUAAUGGUGAUAUUCGCCCUCAAUUUCCUAAACAAACAAUGCACAAAACUUUUUCUCCUUCUAGAGAUAAGUACUGCAGUUUAUCUGACGAAGACGAAGGUCUUGGCUAUGAAGAAAGAUAUAAAUAUUCUGCGGAGCGAAUAAAUGAUUACGACCAUAAAAACAAUGACAGCGGUUUCAAUAACAAUGGCAGUUUUAAUAUCAAAGAAUCACCCAUAAGACCAAGAUUUAGAGAAUACAAGCUAAUGAGUUUUGAGGACUUUGAACCAACUUAUGCUAAUGGAUGUACGGACAAAGAACCUGAAUUCCAUAAACCCAUGCACAGUUAUAGGGGUAGAGCUGACGGAAUGGAUACUAAGAAGAAAACAUUUGAAUCCGAUACAAAAUUAAAUUUGGAUUUUAAUGAGCUAAGUCACAGACGAGAGCUUUUAGAAUCUCGUUUAAAUGCUAGACGACACGAACGUGAAAGAAUCAAUUUAAACGAACCGAUUACCAAAUAUAUUGUUGAAACUGAUCCUAUAUAUGAGGCAGAGAAGCGUAUGAAGCAAACAGAAAAAUAUGUGAACGAUACUGUAAAAUACUAUCGCCAUACGUUAGAAAGAGAUGGAUUUGAAAGUACUAUAGCAGAAGAUUAUAAAUAUGACACCGAUAGUCAGAAUAUUAAAUAUAAUACAGAAUCACGAUCUUUUCAUAAAGUACCUAAAGGUGAAAUAGACAGACGUGAAUUCAUUGAUAAUUUGGAACCAGCCAGAUAUAAAGAAGAGAGGAAAGUAUUUCCACCUGAACCUGAGUACGAACCACCAAGCCUUGAAUCGAAUCCUGGAAAGCCUAUAUCAUCUCCAAAUGAAUACAAAGAAAAGAAGUACAGAGUGAAAAAGCACUUUACGUCUAGUCAUGAUCUUGUUCAGGGAGGUCAGAAAUAUAAAAUAAAAGAUGACUGGUUUGGUAAAAGAAAAGGUCACUACGCUUCAAAUCCUGAAAUAGCACAAGAGAGAGAGGAUGAUUAUGCUAAUCUUGCUUAUAAGCCAAAACAUGAAUCGUAUCAUAAUUCAUUACGCCGAGUGAAAAGUAAAGACAUCAAGAUUCAUAACAGCGUACGCCGACACGAUUCAGGUGACAGCAGGGACUACUACCGAGAAGAAAAAUCGCCACGACGUUUUGAUUUUGACAGUCGUUUGGUUGACUCUGGAAUAGAAAAUGACUUUAGACAUAAUUCUAAUGGAGAAAUACAUAGGUCUAGGCAUAGGCGUCAUGAAAGUGAUGAUGAUGCACAAAAUACUUCACUAUUUUUAGCAAGCGAAAGGCAACAUACAGAAGAUAACUAUCCGAGUGAACAAAUUUAUGCGAAUGGGGAGCAUUUGGCAAACUACCGAGGUUACAGGGAAGAAAAUAAAAAGGAAUUCAUUUCAAGAGACAGAAGCGCCGAAGAUAGCUCACUGCUAGCGCCUAAACUCCAUCGUGAUGAGAAAAGCCCGAGCAGACAGGAUGAAAAAGUCAGUGCGAAGCCGCCAAAAGCAACUAAAAAGCUUUCUGGACUUGAAAAGAUGAAACAGCUGUUCUCUCGUGACUCUUCUAAGAAGAGUAAGAAAGAGAAAGAAGUAGUCCAGCCAAAAACUCGCACUCGGGUGCUCAAGAGCCCUGAACAUCUUGCCAAAGACGACCCUGAGUAUAGAAGGUACACAGACCCGGAGCCUAGUGACCUAGAUGUAAGAAAAAGAGAUGACCUUAUAGAAGAGAAGAGAUACAGACGGUCGAGGGAAGAUCUAGAUAGAUACAGGAGCUCAGAUCCUCGAGAAAAUAUAGAAAGGAGAAGAGAAGAAAAAUACAGAGAUUCUGAUAUUGAAGGAAGAUCUGAAAGAACAUCAAAAGAAAACAGACUAGAAACCAGGCGAUACAAAGAGCACCGCGAGGAAAAGAGACGUUACAACUCAUCAGACAGAGACAGCGAUCAUCGGCAGUCCGAUGUAGAAAGUGAUCGACGAAGAACCAGAUCUAGCACUGCUGGGGCAUUGGAUUCGCCUGCACUAGCUCAAAGAUAUCGCGAAAGGCGUAGACUGGCAACCCCCAGUCCAACGCCUUCGCCGCCGCGUCGCGAGCCGGCCGUGCAGUCCUCGGGCAACUGGUUCAAAUCCAUCGACAGACUCGGCAAGAAGCGAGAGAAGAACUCCAAAGUCGAAAAAGAAAGCGUAAUUACCACAGAAGACGAAUCCAGCCGCCGCGUCUGGUCGAAACCAAGCAAACCAUUGAACUCUCCGGCGAAAAAUCUUCGAUUCUUCGGUGACACCGACCACGAAUCCGACACAAAUGUAAAACGGUCAGUCACUAAGACGAAGAGCCAUCCAACGAAAACCCAUGGAACCUUACGAAAGACCAUAUCAAACUCAAGCGCUGGUCUGGACGAAGUCGACCACAGUGAGUUGUCCAGCAAGAGUCACUCAUUAUCUAACUUGCACAAAGACAAGAGCGAAUCACCGAACACUAAGGAGUAUUAUAAAAGGAACUUGAAAAAUAUAUCAGAGGUCCAGAGUAAUUCGGAGAGCGAAAGUCAAUUCGGGAAGAGAAUGGCUUCCAAGCCGCCCAUAAGUCCAUACGAAAGGUCGAGGAGUCACAGUAGCUCGAAGACUCUUAAAGCAAGCAAGGGAGACGUGAGGAGACACAGGGGUGACGACAGAGGAAGUUCGUCAGAAUUGAGGAGCAGUAAACCGGAGCUAAGCAGAGAUUUAAAACCACACCGUCGCACACCAGUGGCGCACUCCGGGGAGAGCAGCACCGAGGGAGACUCCAGCCAUCAGUCGCAACGCAGCGUGGUGUACCUGCACGCCACUACUGUCGGAGACAUCCCAGACCCAGGUCGGGCUCGCAACCGGUCCAGAGACGACGUCUCGUCGCUCAUGUCUUCCAACGUGCAAGUGCGGAGCACCACAAAGAGCUUCUCCCUAUUCGCGCCCUGGACCCCGCGCCACCACAGCGAACAAUACGACGUGCACUACGCACAAAAACCGCGAAAAAGUAAAAAAGAAGUCAGACGUGAUGAGAAACCGCUGCAGAAGAAAUCCUACAGCCAAACAACCUUAAACCGACGUCCUAACAGCCAAAAUAGACUAACAAGUUCGAGUACAACACUUUAUCGACAGAAAAGGGGUAAAGAGAACGAUAUCACUCAAAACACGAUAUCCCGCAAGGGAGCGCCCGAGAAGAAAAGUCAAUCGAGCGAGAUAUUGAAUAGGGAUGAUCGGGAAAGAGUGUCUCGAUCCAUAUCCAUUCCGAAGGACAAAAAGGCUGGAUGGUUCAAAUUGUCGAAGACCAAAAAACAAGAAAAUACCCGCGUACGUUAAACAUUGUAAAAUUUGUAUUAAAGCCUAUAUUUAAUCAAAAAAGUAUGGCACAAUUAUAAAAAAGAUAAUCUAUUUACAAAUACAGUUGAGCUUUUAAUAAAAUUUACAAUUGACUGCGUUUAAUGUCAUACUAAUUAAUUUAAUUUGUCAAUAAUUGCAUAUUAUACUUAAAUUUAUUUUCUGUAUACUUUUCGUUCUAAUCUUCUAAAUAAUUAAUCGUAAUUUCAUAAUUAUUAAAGGUUACUUAACAGAGUGCCAUUGCAAUAAAACGUAAACGUUACCAAUUCUUAGUUUUAUAACUAAUUUAAAAUUUAAAAUUAUGUAACAUAGUGCUUCUACUUUACUAAUAAAAAUGAGAAAAUUCUUAUCUUAGCUGUUAUUUUGAUUUUGUGUCCAGAUCUCUAUUUUAAAAAUAUCACCUAAUUAAUUCUAUUAUUAUAUUUGGAUGGAAAAAAUAUGAGGGACAAUAUUGGAGUUAAGAAGUUGUUGCAUAAGUAAACAGAAAAUUUUAAAAUGUAUUAAUUUUAGAAUAAUCUUAAAAUAAAAUUUCUAAUUAUCCAAAUUA